UGGAAAAACAUGUCGGCGCCUUCUGGAUGAAAAUGUUCUUUCUAGAAUAAUUCCAAUGUUAGCUAGGUCGUUUAAAAAAAAAUCUUUAUGGAUAUCAAAAACCGCUGUGUUUUGGAACCUAGAUCAAAGCGGUUCCUUAGGCACAAGAAGCGAUUGUUGUGUAGUUUGGAAACCAAAUCUCUCCAAACGAAAGGUUUGGUUAUUCAAGUCAGAUGUUAGCUUACUAGCUAGCUUUCAGUGCACCCACAUCUGUAGCCCCACAUCUCUUGCUCAUACCCCAAAAUGUUAGGGUUUCUGUCUGCAAGGCAGACUGGACUGGACGACCCAUUGCGACUCCGACGCGCCGAAUCGACGAGGAGAGUUCUUAGCUUUGAGCUAAAUUCCGAUCGAGAGGUGGACCGCAUCCAUGGCAACGGAAUCAACACUCUUGACAUCGAGGUCAUCGAUGGUCGAUACAUGCUGUCAGGUGGGGCUGACGGGGUGAUAGUGAUCUACGACCUGGAGAACAGCAGCAGGAAGCCUCAGUACACCUGUAAAGCACUGUGUACUGUGGGCAGGUCCAGUCGCUAUGUGCACAGGUUCAGCGUAGAGACGGUACAGUGGUAUCCUCGUGAUACCGGAAUGUUUGUCUCCAGCUCCUUUGACAAAACGAUGAAAGUCUGGGACACAGAGACUCUGAAGCCUGCGGAGGUGUUCCAGUUCCAGGGAAACGUGUACUGCCACCACAUGUCUCCCAUCGCUAGGAAACACAGCCUCAUCGCAGUUGGCACAGAAGACCCCAAAGUCCAGCUCUGUGAUCUCAAGUCUGGAGGCCGCAGCCACAUUCUGCAGGGUCACAGAGGAGAGAUCCUGUCGGUGAGGUGGUCUCCUCGUCAUGAGCACAUCUUAGCUACAGCCAGUGCCGACAGCAGGGUGAGGUUAUGGGAUGUACGGAAGGCCUCUGGAAGCCUUUUCACUCUGGACCAGCACAACAGGGAGAAGUCCAAAGCCUCGUCAGAGGCAGUGAACACAGCGCACAACGGGCGGGUGAACGGGCUGCGCUUCACGCCCGACGGGCUGCACCUGCUCAGCACCGGCACCGACGACCGCAUGCGCCUGUGGAACAGCGCCACCGGGGCCAACACGCUGGUGAAUUAUGGGAAGGUGGAGAACGAUAGCCGCAAGGGCCUGCAGGUGGCGGUGUCGCAGGGCUGCAGCGCGGAGUUCGCCUUCGUGCCGUGCGGGAGCUCGGUGGCGGUGUACGCCCUCCACACCGGCGAACGGGUCACCACCCUGAGGGGCCACUACAACAACGUCAACUGCUGCGUCUUCCACCCCGACUACCAGGAGCUGUACAGUGGCGGUAAGGACUGUAACAUCCUGGCCUGGGUCCCCUCCCCCCGCUGCCCUGACAUCGAGGAUGAGGAGCGUGGCGCUGCAGCACAGGAGGGUGCAGGUCAGCCUGCGGCCAAUCGCGCGUUUGAAGAUGCCUGGAGCAGCGAUGAAGGCUGAGGCCUUUCCCGUUUAAAACUCCCCCACUCCUCCAAAAAAAAACAAAAAAAAAAAAAAAAACCAGCCAGGCUCCUUCUGACGCAACCCUGCCUUGACGGGACAACUCAUCGCCACGGCAACGCUCUGGCUGCCGGGCUCCACUGCACGGAUGACUGCAGCAGGCUGCUUUUUUUUAAAACCGCGAAUAAAAACGGUGUUAAAAAAAUGGUGCUGGCGAAGUGUGCGUACGCACUCGUGUGUGUGUGUGUGUGUGUGUGUGUGAAUGCAUGCCCGUUUGGGCCACUGCGGCCUUCUGCAGCUGCGUCAGCUGCAGAGCCCUCCGCUGCAGCGACUGCGCAGCUGGGCAGCGGGGGAAACGGCGGCCUCCUGAGCUGGGGGAGGAAGCCGCCAUCUUGAGACGGUCUGACAAACACGACAGAACUUCAAAAAUCUUGGUUAGAGAAACUGGAGACGGAAGUUAAAAACAAGACUGCAGCCCUGCCCCGCCCCGUGUGGGACUGGUACAGGGGGUACUGGCUGCAAACUCCCCCCAAUCUGGGAUGCAAUUUUUUUUUUCUUUUUUGGCAUAUUCCAAUCUUUACAGAAAUCCACAGAAGAAAUUUAUUCACUCUAAUGACACUGCACCCUGGUGGAGAAAUAGUGAUGAUUUUGUGUUUAGAUCUUGAUCUAAACAUGGCAUAAAAAUGAAGGUUGAAUGUAUGUUUUUUAUAAAUGCAAGAAAAUAAAGAUAUGAGAUCAUGGUUGUGUUUCUACUAAAUAAUAAUGUAGAGUUGCUUAUGGAUUGUUUAAAAAAACCUUACUGAUAUUUCCAGUAAUGGGACUAUGAUGGAGUUUUCAAUCAAGGUUUUUUUCUGUAUGAAUUGCA